AUGAUCGAAGUCCAUCCUAACGAGGUAGUUGUCCAAUUUUUCUGCGGAUUACAUACCGCUCGCCUGGAUCCCUGGCACGGGCCGAACGGUCUGGUCCGUUCUAUCGCCAUGCAGCUUUUGAUGAAACUAGUCAAAAUGAACAUUUUAGACUUGAACUUCAUCAACAAUCGGGACUACCUGAGAGACCUCGAGGAGCACGACUUAAAUGCACUUUGCGAGACACUUUACUCGCUCGUGUCUCAGUUCCCGGCCGACACAACAGUGUACUGCAUCAUCGACUCCAUUUCUUGGUUCGACAAAGACAAGACUUUCACGGAUCUCGCCGCCGUAAUGGAAUGGCUGCAAUACAUGGUUGAGGACCGGUCACUGAUUCCUAUGUUCAAGAUACUGCUGACAAACCCGAUGAAAAGCACCAGGAGAAUGAAGGAGCUGCCGGUGUUCAAAGAGAACCCGGCUAGACUUGUUACUCUUUCCUCGAGGAAUCUGGUGCCCAUGGGAAUAUCUAACAGAGCAAUUGAACGUCAACUUUCCAGAUCCCCGUCACCGUCACCGCUCGCGCCCAAGAGGGGCUUGCCUAGAACUCCAAGACAGGAAAGUUAUGACGAUGAUUAUGAUGGAUGUUACGGGGCGGCGUCUGGAGUUGCCGCUUCAUCAUGA